AGAGAUAGGUGCAAUCCUGUUCCAUCGCACCUUCGUGGACGUGGUUCCACUGCACAGCAGUAGCUGAUUUGUUUCUUUCUUCCUUUACUUUAAAGUCCCGCACAGGACUAACAGAUUCCAUCACCACUAUCAUCAGCACUAUACGAUUACUAUUAUUAUUACUAUUAUUGUGAUUAGUCGUUCCUCCCCCCCCCUCCUAUCGUUCAGAUCUAGUACGUUUGCAGGAUCUGCCGUACAUCAUCGUAGGAGAGUCGCUCGGAGGUAAACAGCAGCAAAAAUAACGCAGGGUCACUUCGGAAACGCAGCAGCAAUGCAACGUACCGUGUGUCGGUGCAACGCGGCAGGCACCGCUGCGUCCAGCAGCUACAAGCACCAAGAGAAGCUACGCCUCUACCGCACACUGCUGAAGGGCGCCUACGGCUUCCCGAUGCGGUCGCGGCGUGAGGUGGUGACGGAAGAGGUCAUGAGCACCUUCCGCGACCCGAACAACGAGCAGCUCAGCGAGAGGGACAUCGACUACCGUCUCGUGCUGGGGUGGGAGCGAGCCAAGUCGAUCCAAACCUACGCUGAAAACAUGCACUGGUUCCACUCCCGCGAUGAGGUGACGAAGGAGAUGCUUUACUUUUCGGAAGAGCGAGACCGAAAGCGGGCGGAGCAGAUGCGCCGUUUCAACCGCGUCAGCGAUGCGCGCCACAAAACGGAGGAGGUGACGAAGUUCAAGUCUACCUACUACAACGUCCACCCGGAUUACUACGACAAACUCGGCAGCAAACCGCUGACAAGCUCACGCGAUGUGUGGCGCGCACGCGGACAGUACGGCUCCGACGUUGGUGGGCCACGGCAGAAGUUCUUCGUGCGCCGCUUCAAAGCGAUGUUCCCGCAGGGUUGGUGA